GGGGAAGGAUUGGAGGCUGUGGAGAUGGGUGGGGGUCAGUGGCUGGGUGGAUGGAGAGCUGGGGAUGGGGCGAGGACUCUGGGUCCCCCCAGCACAGACUGACCCACCCCCUCCUCCAGCAUGAACCCCUAUGUGGGUUUGGUGAGCAGCCUGCGCGCUGCCUGGCUCACGGGGAAGACGCGCGCCGCUGAGCACCGGGUCUCCCAGCUGGAGGCGCUGCGCCGCUUCCUGGAUGAGAAGAAACAGCCCAUCCUGGACGCCAUGGCCUCGGACAUGCGCAAGCCCCCCUUCGAGGUGGAGCUCUCUGAGAUUAUCAUGGUCAAGAACGAGGUCAACUACGCGCUCAACAACCUGUCCAACUGGAUGAAGGACGAGGGUGUGGACAAGAACCUGGUGACUCAGCUGGACACGGCCUUCAUCCGGAAGGAGCCCUAUGGAGUGGUGCUGAUCAUUGGGCCCUGGAACUACCCCUUGCAGCUCAUCCUGGUGCCCCUGGUCGGGGCCAUCGCGGCCGGGAACUGUGUGAUCAUCAAACCCUCCGAGAUCAGCAGCAGCACUGAGAAGCUCCUGGCUGAGACGCUGCCCAGCUACCUGGACAAGGACUGCUUUGCUGUGGUGACCGGGGGCCCUGCGGAGAUGACCCAGCUGCUGGAAAACAAGUUUGACUACAUCUUCUUCACAGGCAGCCCCCAAGUGGGCAAGAUCGUGAUGGCAGCUGCGGCCAAGCACCUGACGCCGCUGACGCUGGAGCUGGGGGGCAAGAACCCCUGCUACGUGGCCGACGAGAGCGACCUGCAGAACGUGGCCAGCCGGCUGGUCUGGGGGCGCUGCCUCAACGCGGGGCAGACCUGCGUCGCGCCUGACUACGUGCUGUGCAGCGCGGAGACGCAGGAGAAGCUGCUGCCCGCCCUGCGCCACGCCAUCACCCAGUUCUUCGGUCCCGAGCCCCGGGAGUCGCCUGACUUCGCCCGCAUCAUCAGUGACAAGCAGUUCCAGCGCAUCCGGGCCCUGCUGGGCAGCGGGCGCGUGGCCAUCGGGGGGCAGACGGAUGAGAGGGAGCGCUACAUCGCCCCCACGGUGCUGGCGGACGUGCAGCCGUCAGACCCUGCCAUGCAGGAGGAGAUCUUCGGGCCCGUCCUGCCCAUCGUCACCGUGCCCAACGUGGACGAAGCCAUCGCCUUCAUCAACCGCCAGGAGCGGCCGCUGGCCAUGUACGUCUUCGCCUCCGACAGCAAGCUGGUGCGUCGGGUGCUGGAGAGGACGAGCAGCGGCGGAUUUGGUGCCAACGACACCAUAAUGCAGAUGACGCUAAUCUCUCUGCCCUUCGGUGGGAUUGGGAACAGCGGGCUGGGCUUGUACCACGGCAAGUUCAGCUUCGACACUUUCUCUCACCACCGCGCCUGCCUCCUGCGCAGCAUGGGCCUGGAGACCAUAAACGCCCUGCGCUACCCCCCCUACAGCGAGCGCAAAAAGGGGCUGGUGCUCUCCACCUUCGGGAUCAAGCGCAAGGGCACCUGCACCCUGCUGUGACGGGAGGGUCGGCCCAGACCUGCCACCCAGCACCACACAACCCAGGUAACAGUCGGGGAUCUCUCACAGACACCUGCCUCUUAUCCUGGAAGGACACACUGAUGUACGUUUAUCCUCUGGUGCUGCUACUUUCCAAAGUGCUGCUCAAAAAUCAAGAAGGAUUGUGCUUGCGUGAUCGUUGUAGCACUGGCUUGGCCUCGUCAGCAUGUUUCUCUACUCUGCUGACCCUGUCCGCCAGACCUCCCUUGACACUACCUCCAGAACUAGACCUGAUCUCACAAGAGCAGGGUUGCCUGCUGCCCCAACCUGGCGGCUCUUCAUCACGCGCUAUGGACACUCCAUGGUUGACUCCACAGGAAGCCGACUGUUCAGAGAACAUGCAAAACAUUCUCCUAAAUAGCAGAAAGCCUUGUGCCUAGAUACAUUUACCUGUUAACGUGGAAGCGGUUCUCCUCAUGGUCUCAGAAUAAAGAUGUGUUCUGGACUGUUUGUUCCGCCUGAAACAACAAGGCCUGGCUGUUAGUUCUGUCAGAGCUCACUAGCAGCUAUCUCUGCUUUCCAGCCUCAAAGUGCAGCUCGCUCAGGAUUUUCCAAUUGCAUGUAAAUUAGGUACUUAACGGGUCUGGAUAGACUCUCUCCGCAGGUGGCAGAUUUAAUCCUUAGAAUUUCAAUCUACUGUUAUCAGGGUCGAGGGGUCCACCCUUUGAACGAAUGGCUGCCUGCUCUUUACUUCAUCUUUCCACAAAAGGGGUGUUUGGGGUAGGAAUUACCUCUGUGAGAAGAGUGGGGGUGUAUGAGCCUUGGUAGCUGACCCUCCUUACCGUACCAUUUAGGCUGAGAGGAGAGUCCUAACUAAGGGUGGAACAGGAGCGGCACCUAUAAAACCAGGGGGCUGGUGGCAGAAAGAGGCUGCAGGGAGGAGAGCUGCAGUCGCUGUCCCUGGGGUAAGGGAGAGAAAGGGGCAUUGGCCCCAAGAGGGUGGGUCUGUCUAGUAGACCAGGAGGACAUAGGGGUUUAGCUAGGAUGGACAAUGCAAGCCUGGGAUAGGCAAGGUCGGGAGUAGUCUAGGGGUGAGGCAGGAAGGUUUGGGGUAGUUGCUGGAGAUAGGACCCCUGGACCGGAACCCAGAGUAGAGGGUGGGCCUGGGUUCCCCUACAGCCCCUGAAGGAGUGGCAUGAUCUGGGCAGUGAUCGUGAAGACCGUCUGGGAAGGUUCAUCCCAGUCACUGAGGGGGUGUGGCUCAGCCAGGAGUGUGCCUGGGAUGCUGUGGAGGACUUUGUAGAACCUCGGAAGGGGAGGACCAGUGUGUACUUGGCUGGAGGGCUAAGCCCUGAAGAUGAGGCCAAGGAACAGCAAGAGGAGGGUGUCCGGCUGAAAGAGCUAAGCCCCAGAGCAGCCAGCAGGGGGUGCCCCUAGCGGUGACUGGCAAACCCCAUGAUAGCAGCAGAACUGGACACAGGAUUCCAGCAGCAGUCACGCCAGUGCCAAGUAUACAGGUAAAAUCAUCUCUCCUACUCCAGAUUCCCGUUUAUGCAUCCCAGAAUCCCAUUGGCCCUUUUGGCUGCAGCCUUACACUGGGAGCUCAUGUUCAGCUGAUUAUUCAUCACAACCCCCAAGUCUUUCACAGAGUCACUGCUUCCCAGGAUAGAGUCCCCCAUCCUGCAGGUGUGGCCAAUAUUCCUUGUUCCUAGAUGUAAACAUUUAUGUUUAGCCAUAUUCAAAUGAAUCUGGUUUGCUUGAACCCUGUAUCAGUGACCCGUAAUCUUCAUUAUUUACCACUUCCCUAAUCUUUGCAUCAUCUGCAAACUAUCAGCAAUGAUUUUGUUUUCUUCCAAGUUGAUAAAAAUGUUAAAUAGCAUAGGGCCAAAAACUGAACCCUGGGUGACCCCCCACUAGAAACACUCGUUCAAUGAUGUUUUGCCAUUUAUAUUAAUACAUUUUGAGAUAUGGCACUUAGCCAGUUUUUAAUCCAUUUAGCGUGUGAGACGUUAAUUUUGUAUUAUGUUAGCUUUUAAUCAAAAUGUGAUACCAAGUGAAAUGCCUUACAGAAGUCUAUUACAUCAAUACUAUCACCUUUAUCAGCGAAACUUGUAAUCUCAUAAAAAAGAUAUUAGGUUGGUUUGACAGGAUCUAUUUUGCAUAACUCCGUGUUGACGGGCAGUUAUUACAUUGCCCUCUUUUUAUUCAAUAUUAAUUUGUUCCUGUAUCAGCUGCUUCAUUAUCUUGUCCAGGAUUGAUGUCAGACUGACAGGCCUAUAAUUACCCAGGUUAUCCAGUUUAAUUAUUGGCACAACAUUCACUUUCUUCCGGGGCAUCCCCAAUUUUCUGAGAUGUAUUCAACAUCCUUAAUGGACCAGCAGUUCCUCAGUCAGCUCUUUUAAUGCUCUUGGGUGGAAGUUAUCCAGGCCUGCUGAUUUAAAAAUGUCUAAUUUUGGUAGUUGCUGUUUAAAAUCCUGCUGAGAUACUAGUGGAAUGGAAAGAGUCAUCAUAUUUCACAACUACAUCAUACAGCUUUUUCCC